AUGCCUCACACACCGUUCUCAAACGCCUCGUCAGCCGAAAUCGAUCUCAUCGGCACGCUCGCAGCAUCCCUGAUGACUAUUUCUGCGCCAUUAAUUAUGUCCGGGGUGAGAGCCUACAAGCCACAAACCGUUGCGUGCGGAGUUGGCCUGCUGUGUGGCAUAGCCAGUAUCCUGGCUAGUUUUGGGCAACGUCUGUGGCAUUUUCAACUAUCACAAGGGUUUCUGCUUGGAAUCGCGACUGGAAUGACGCUGAUGCCUUCCCUCAUCAUACCUCCGACCUGGUUCGAUCAUAGGCGAGGUUUAGCAAUGGGUAUUGUGUCGGCCGGCACAGGUAUCGGCGGUCUCGUAUGGGUCCCUGCUAUCACUGCGGCCGUUGAUCACAUGGGCUUUCGCAACACUCUCCGGAUGACUGGAGCACUUGGGGCAGCACUGCUUUGCUUUUCAGGACUAUUCUUGGACUGGGAAGAGUCCUUUGCGCAAAAUCUGCAAAACCAAGUUAAGGAAACAUCGGCCUGGACCAGGCUCUUCUCGAUUCCACGUCCCAGCAAGGACAUCGUGAUGCAACGAAAGUUUCUGGCUCAGGCUCUCUGCACCGUAUUCCAAAGCGCGGCUUACUAUACUCCUGUGUUUUUCACUGUUGCAUAUGCCCAAAGCUUGGGCUACUCGAAUCAACAAGGAGCCAACCUCACAGCGGUAAGCAAUGCUUGCAACGCCAUAGGCAAAAUUAGUGCUGGUUUUGCCGCAGAUAGAAUUGGCAAGUCCAAUGCUUUCUUCAUAACUACGCUUCUUAGUGCCAUUGCAAGUCUCGGACUCUGGUUGCCAAGCUCUCUUCUUGGAACCGUGCGUGAAGAAUUAGCAAAAAACAUCUUCAUCGGGUUUACGGUACUUUACGGGCUCUCUGCAAGCGCCUUCAUCAGCCUCUUUUCGCCAGUCUUGGCUGAGACUUUUGGGAUCACCGAAUUGCCUCGGAUAUCAGGAGUCAUGUAUAUGCUACAAGGUCUGUCGGCUCUCGUUGGAACACCGGUUGCUGGCCUUCUCAUAAGCUCAAACGGAUCCAGGACGACAUCGGAUAACUAUCUUGGGAUGACAGUACUUGUGGGAGGUCUAAUGUCAGCAGCAACUCUCGCGGUCCUUUGGUUGAGACUGGAGACUUCAGUUGGCAGGGUAAAAUCAGACGGAGUUUGA